CUCGAUGUGGUCCAGGGUGUAAUUUCUCAACAAAACCCCUUCCGUUUUUAAAAUUCUCACCAUUACUCUGCCAAAGAGGGGGGAGACCAGGAGGGCUUCUCCUCUACCGCAACCUCCCUCCUCUCUCCUCUCGAAUCCCUAAAAUUUCCAUCAAUGGGUAGAAGGCCAGGCGAUCCGGGCGGCGGCAGGAACCGCGCCUCCAUUUGGAUCGUCCUCGCGGUGCUUUUCAUCUCCUGCUCUCUGGCCUACAUGGUCGUCUCCGUGGCCGUCCGUCGCCCGGGCAGCAUCUUCUCGGUCUCCGCCGUUGGCCCGGGCCGGGCGUCGGGCGGCGAGGUGAGGGAGAUGGUUGGAGGAGGAGGAGGGGAGGAGGAAUGCUGCAGGGGAGUCGAGCAUCUGGAGCUCUGGGGGGCCGCCGUGAAGUGGGGCACCGAUCACAAGUUCAACACACCGAGGGAGUGCUGUCUGGCUUGCAAGGCGAUGUGCGGUGGUUUGGAUGGACCGUGCCUCUGCGAUUCGUGGGUGUUUUGCGGGGAUAAGGAGCGAUGUGGGAAUAAAUUUGGGGAGUGCUGGUUGAAAAAACAGAAGGAUGUCUUGUUUCCUGCUCUGCAAGAGUCCGGGGAAAAGGUUAUUUGGACUUCUGGUCUCAUUUUUGGAAAAGGAGAGGGCAUUGUCGGCUUCGAAACAGAUUAUGGAACUCUUCAUAUCAAACUAUUCCCCGACUGUGCUCCACAUUCUGUGGCUUAUAUUGUUGAGCUGUUGCGAUUGCGUCUCUAUGAUGGUUGCCAAAUUCAUCGAGCUGAAGGACGAGGCCAUUCUUGGGAUUCUAAAGGGAACCACAUAGCAGAUGCUUCUUUUGGCCCUCCUUAUGGAAUGAUUCAAGGAACACUUGAAGCGGGGGGGCUUCCAUUCGAAAAGAUACCAGCAGAGGCAUGCCCCACAAUUAGAAGGGGGUCGGUCGCAUGGGUUGGUUCGGGCCCAGAGUUCUUCAUCAGCCUAGCAAAUCAUGAUGAGUGGCAAGGAGCAUACACGGUUUUCGGUUCUGUUCUGCCCGAAGACAUGGAGAUAGCAGAGAAAAUAGCAAACCUCCCAACGAAGCCAGAUGUCUGGAAUAACAUUAAUGUGUCAGUGUUGGAAAAACCUGUCCCUUUCGGGCUCAAAAGAAUCACAAACAGCCAUGGUCAUCUCAACCUCAAUGCAAAUUCAAACUCUACUUCAAAGGAGUCCUAGUUACCUGUUGUCUGGCGUUGAUUCACUUGCUAGCUCUGAAGAGUUGUAUUCCUGGCCCUGCUGAUCUCAUUUGGCUCUUGAUGUAUGCUUGUUUUUUUGUUGUAUACUGCGGACUGAAAUGGGAUGUACUCCUUUGUUAAGCAUAUAAAGCACCAAUAGAAGUUUAUUAAUAAAAAAGGGGAUAAAAAAGAACGAGAAUCAAAAAAAGGCCGGAGCAGCUCCUUUUCUGCAAA